AUGUUCUUCAGCUUGCUCACGCUCGCCGCGGCUACUCAUACCCUCGUCAGCGGCGCACCUGUCCUCAACGCGACCAUUCCCUCCAUAACCGACAAUGUGGUGACUAGCGAAGCGGCAUCUUCGGUCAUUGUCCUAAACCCGUCCAGCUCACUCUCGGUCGCGGUAUUGGUAAGCUCAUCGGAGACUAGCACGUCCCUGGCCCCUACCAUCACUGGUGCGAGCUCGGUCGAAUCCACUCCUCUUCCUCCAUCUCAGCAGAGUGAGAUCUCGGUGCCUUCGGGAACAGUCGUCAACUCGGCCAGUCUCCCCAUUUCCACCUCGGCCAACUCCACCGGGCUAUCCACUUCCACGUUCGCCAACUCUACCGGUCUUCCUGUCUCUGUCGCUACCAACUCCACCGGUCUCCCUGCUCCUACCUCCACGGGUCUCGACGCAAACUCAACUGUCAACGGAACGUCCACUACCCUCUCUUGCUGGAUCACGACAACGGUCUCGUCAGGGAUAUCGGCCAACUCGACCGGUCUCGCCGGUGUCGGUACGUCCAUCGUGAACGGUACGGCUGUCAACGCGACCGCUCCGGCAAUCGCAAGCUCUACCAGCUUCUACGGGGCAUGCCCGGUCUCGACUGGCGCAAGCACCAAUAUCACCGCGUCUAGCCACGCCUCCAUCACCCUAGGCCACGUCAUUACCGGGAAGAGUUCGGCCUCUGUCAUCGCUUCUACUGGCGCAGUGACUCCUCCCUCGUCAACCGGCGCGGUGGUUGCCCCGUCCCUCCCUCCCCCUUCCCUCGGCGCGGUGGUUCCACCUUCGUCCCUCGGCGCCGCGCCCCCUCUAUCAUCCACAGGCGAUCUGCCUCCUCCUCCAUCUCCCACGAGUGCAGCAGUGGCCUCGUCAGCUUCGGGCGGUGUACCCCUUUCACAGUCCCUCGGCGCGGCCACCUCUGCCCCAUCGUACGCUACGGCACCCCCUCCCGCAGCUGUAAGCCAAGCGUCCGCUUCCAGAUCGUUCGCGACGGUUCCUGCACCCUCCCAUAGCUCGCAUUCGCGCACGUGUCCCCGGCCCAACCCACAGGUCCCGUUCCGCUUCUGGACCAUCGAUGACGUUGACGCGUGCGAGUUCCCUCCCCUCGACAAGUACCCCGUCGUCGCCUGGCCGCUCGACUCGAGUGGCCAGACCAGGGAAGAUCCCAGUCUCGCACUAUGGUUCGCCCUCAGCAUGGACCAAUGGUUGGACGACCUCUUCACUGGGUGUCCAGCCGCUCUGGACGCAAGGACGGACGAAUCGGAUGGGACGAAGCACGAGGUGUUUUCAAGGGUGCUGGGACGGUUGAUGUUUGGCCAGAAUGAUGGAGCGUUCUCCGAUAUUCAUUGCGACCAGAACAGAUGCGCCUGGAACGCCAACUCGGGCUGGUGCCGCGGGGAUAUGUUCCCUUAUGAGACAAGUCCUUGCAUUGAGAAGUCGACAUGCCCACCAGGUCAUACCAAAACGGAUCUGCUGUUCGUCGAGAAAGUCAGACGCUGGUAUACUAUGCAGGCUCUCGGCAACGUCUGGACCCACAAGAAGUCUGUCGCGGCGGCCAUGCAGCUUGCCACGCCAGCCGUCUCUGGACGGAUGCAGCAGUUUCUGAACGAUUGGGCUGCUACCUAUGUUCCAGGCUACGAGAAACCAACCAUAUCCCCUUUCAGCGCCAUCUUCGGUAUCUUCAAGAGCAUCGCUUCAUUCAUUCCUGUCGCUGGCCCAGCCAUCAGCUCGGCACUGAACGCCGCCGAUCUUAUCUCAGGCUUCAUUGAUCCAUCCGGAAUCCCUGCCAAAGCGGACGAGAAGACAUUGCUCAUCGCCGAGAAUCGCCAGGCGGUCAAAGACGCCAUCGUAGCUUCCGCUAAAGGCAUAGUUGGGGCUGUCACCACGGUGCUCGAGGUCAGUGGCGAGAUUAAGGAAGCUCUGAAAGAUGGAGAAUGGGUACCCGAGAAGUGGGAUCCCGUCUUUCCCAUUGCAGGUGCGGACAUGCAGGCCAAGCUUGCCAGUGUUUUCACCAACAUGGCGAAGGCUAUGAGCCAGGUGUUUGACGAUUCGAUUAACGGCCCUCCCUUGGGACCUAACGGGUUUUUGACCCUAGUCAAGGGCGGUCUCUACAGUACAUCGUCGUCAAAUCCCGACGUCAUGCGGAAAGACAGCCUCGAUGCGUUGAUCCCGACGUAUGUUGCCUUUACCGAAGACAAGUUGCUUCAGGCCGUCAUGCGUUCAUACGGAAUCUUCUUCAUGACAGACACCUUCUCCAACCAAGCGGAUUGCGAGGUCAAGCGGCAGCAGGACCAUGGUGAUUGGGCUGGUUCCUUGUGCUUCCCCUCGACCGACGGUGUCACCUGGAGGUCGCUCACACCAUACCCAUCCAGAUUUGGCUACGAAGAAAGACCACACAAGGACACAGGUCACGAACGUUGGGGUGCCCGGCAGAUCCUCCACCAAAUCUGGCCAUUCAUGACUGCCGUCAAUGUGCGGGACAAGCUCCGGGGCGACCUGUCAAGUAGAGAUCACCCGGCCGACAUUGUCGACAUCUACCAAAAGCUCUCUGCCUGCUCGUGA